UCCUGUUGAACCUAAAAGAUCCCCGCUAGCGGUUGAAAGAGCGACCAAAUCCAUCUUAAUCCAAAUUCUUCUGCUGUUUCCAGCAUCAGAAUAAUUUCCCCCACUAGAACAACCAACUCUUUUCUUUCCACUUCCACUAUUUCCACUCUCUUUCUCUUCCAACUUUCGCGUGGACGAGUAAAGAGGUGCAUUUUGUUCCAUCACAACGCGAUACCAAUACUUGAUCGUCUCCACGUCAAUUUCAUUCCGUAAUUCGUCAACCCUUAAAACUUUGACGGGGGCGAGCAAAACAAAUCACCCCGCCUUAUCCCAAAUACCACACCUAUUUGGUCUAUUCCGCCACUUGAAACGGUCAAGCGAAUACACCAUCAGCAAUCAUGGCCGACAGAUUCAUCCCCGAGCAUCGUCGUACUAACUAUAAGGCGAAGGGCACCUUUAAGCCCGAUGAACUUCGCCGACGACGUGAGGAGCAAGCUGUCGAGAUCCGUAAGGCUAAGCGUGAGGAGAACUUGGCCAAGCGACGAGGUAUUGGCACCGGCGACUCGCGUCCUGGUGCUUCCUUAGGCGCUGCUCCUGACAGCGAUGAUGAAUCUGCUCCCACAGAGAGUCAGCUUAACGAGGACCUCCCUCAGAUGGUCCAAGGUGUCUUCUCCGACCAAAUCGAUUUGCAGAUUCAAGCUACUACUAAGUUCAGAAAGCUUCUCUCUAAAGAGCGAAACCCUCCUAUCGAGGAGGUCAUCAAGACCGGUGUCGUUACCCGAUUCGUAGAGUUCCUUCGUUCGCCUCAUACCUUGGUUCAGUUUGAGGCUGCCUGGGCAUUGACCAAUAUCGCAUCGGGAAGUGCAACUCAGACUCAAGUAGUUAUCGAGGCUGGCGCCGUUCCUAUCUUUGUCGAGCUCCUCUCAAGCCCCGAGCCUGACGUUCGUGAGCAGGCCGUAUGGGCCUUGGGCAACAUCGCUGGCGACAGUCCAUCAUGCCGAGAUUACGUUUUGAGCUGCGGCGCCCUGAAGCCUCUACUUAAUCUACUUGGUGACAGCCGCAAGCUCAGCAUGCUUCGAAAUGCUACAUGGACGUUGAGUAACUUCUGCCGAGGCAAGACCCCUCAACCAGACUGGAAUACCAUUGCACCCGCGCUCCCGGUUCUGGCCAAGCUGGUUUACUCCCUUGACGAUGAAGUUCUUAUCGAUGCCUGCUGGGCCAUUUCGUAUCUGUCUGACGGGUCUAAUGAUAAGAUCCAAGCCGUUAUCGAAGCCGGAAUCCCCCGCCGCCUCGUGGAAUUGCUCAUGCAUGCUUCCACAUCCGUCCAGACCCCUGCGCUCCGAUCUGUUGGCAACAUUGUUACUGGUGACGACGUCCAGACCCAAGUCAUCAUUAACUGCGGCGCACUGACUUCCCUGCUAUCUCUCUUGAGCUCCAACAAGGAUGGUAUUCGCAAGGAGGCAUGCUGGACCAUCUCGAACAUCACUGCUGGCAACUCUCAGCAGAUCCAGUCUGUCAUCGAUCACAACCUGAUCCCGCCUCUAAUCCAUCUUUUGUCCAAUGGCGAUCUGAAAACCCGUAAGGAGGCAUGCUGGGCCAUAAGUAAUGCGACUAGCGGCGGUCUUCAAAAGCCCGAACAGAUCAGAUAUUUGGUCUCGCAGGGCUGCAUCAAGCCUCUAUGCGACCUUCUUGGAUGCCCUGACAACAAGAUCAUCCAAGUCGCUCUUGACGGCCUAGAGAAUAUCCUGAAGGUGGGUGAUCUUGACAAGCAGGCAGCUGGCGAGGGUCCUGAGUCGAUCAACCGCUACGCCUUGUUCAUCGAGGAAUGCGGAGGUAUGGAGAAGAUCCACGAUUGUCAGACAAACGCGAACGAGGAGAUCUACAUGAAGUCUUACAACAUCAUCGAGAAGUACUUCUCCGACGAAGAUGAGAACGCUGAAGAUGGCAUGGCCGCUCAAACCCAGGCUAACGGCACGUUCGGAUUUGGAACCAACGGCGGGCAAGGCGGCGGAUUCAACUUCGCGAACGGUGCCGACUCGAUGGAUAUGUAAGGCGGCGUCCUUACAAUCUUUUCGCAAACCCGAUAUUACGAACUCAUUGGGCAAUCCAGCACAUAGUCACAGCACAGACAUCAUACCCCCAAAAAUUUCCCCCGCUUUGCCCUGCAUGUAGCCCACACCCCUGCACAAGUCCCAAUGAGAACGGAGUUAAUCGAGUUAUGAGGAACAUUUGAACCUUGGUCAACCACGUGAGAGGAUAAUUUCUACACAGGCAAUUUGGUAGCUUUAAAGCUCCAACCUGAGAAGGAGAAAUGGAGAAGUGGUUGAGGAGGAGAUGGUGAUACAUUUUGAACGAGGGUCGUCAAUGGUAGCUUGAAAGCUCCUACCCUCUAUAAGUCACAGGGAUUCUGAGUGAAUCUUGAUGUGGGGAAGAUCACUGAAAGAGCACUGCGCAACGAACUGGUAACCAUAUCAACAACCCAGUUUGUCACCAGGAAAGUUGCUCUUAAUGAUGUCGCUCCCAAGUGGUAGGACACUGAUCUUCCGAAAUCCGAGAAGCUAGACGACUCACUUUGUUGGUCUUACCAAGUGGUAAAUUGGCCUUCGAUGGACGUAGUCAUUAGUCAGUUACUCGGUAGGCUUAGCAAGACGGCAAUGAUGCGUUUAGCUUUUAGCUUACCCCCCAAAAUUGAUCAUUACACAAAUGUA